GGUUGGCAAGUGGUGAUACUGGUAUUAAAUGCUAACAAUUUUUUUUUGUGUUUGUUUUGAUCCAUUAAACAGUUCGUCAAGUAUAAUGCUUUAAUUUCAGGGCUGUUGUAUUUGUGAGAAGUGUCAUCACUUCCACAGCCGCCAUGUCUAACGCAGUGAUGCAGCAGUUCCUGCUUGGGCUGAAGUCCCGGCAUGCAGAAGUUCGCUCCAAGGCAGCCAGAGAUCUCUACCACUAUGUGAAAACUGAACUGCGUGAAGUAUCAAUUGAAGAGUUGACAUCAUUCAUGGACGAGUUCAACCAUCACAUUUUUGAAAUGGUUUCAGGGUCUGAUGUUAAUGAAAAGAAGGGUGGUAUUUUAGCUAUAGUUUGCCUAAUUGGAGCUGACUUUGGCAACAUCAACACUCGAGCUAGCCGUUUUGCAAAUUACCUUCGCAACCUUCUUCCUUCGAACGACGUCGGUGUGAUGGAGCUGGCGGCUAAAACAGUGGGGAAGUUGGCACUUGUCUCGGGAACGUAUGCCUCGGAGUACGUAGAGUUCGAGGUGAAGCGUGCGUUCGAGUGGCUGGCUGGGGAUCGCAAUGAAGGAAAACGACACGCAGCGGUGCUAGUGUUGCGGGAGCUGGCAGUGUCGGUGCCUACGUACUUCUUUCAACAAGUGCAGCAGUUCUUCGACACCAUCUUCAGUGCUGUGCGGGACCCCAAACCCAUGAUCAGGGAGGCAGCCGUAGAAGCUUUGAGGGCAGCCCUCGUAGUGACAGCUCAGCGCGAGACGGCAAAACAAACACAGAAGCCGCAGUGGUACAAGCAGUGCUACGAUGAGGCAUUGAAUGGGUUCGACGAAUUCUACGUUCGGGAGAAAGGAGUGAAUCGUGAAGACAGAGUGCACGGCUCGCUGCUGGUUCUCAACGAGCUGCUGAGGUGCAGCAAUGCCGAGUGGGAGCGCAACUACGAGCACCUCAUGGAGAAGCUGCAGUACCAGCAGGGGCAGCAGUUGUCUGACACGAGCCUGAUGCCCAGCCUGAAGUCGCCGCUGCUGGCCAAGACGCAGAGCGGCAAGGGGAGCUUCGCGGUGGCAUCGUCGCCCUCGGGGAACCACCCCCACGCGCUGUACGAGAGCGCGGCGUGCCGCCAGAUGAUGGCGGAGCACUUCGACGACGUGUGCCGCGACGUGCUGAGCCAGCGCGUGGUCCGCAACGCCCACAUCCAGCACACCCUGCUGACCAUCCUGCCGCGCCUCGCCGCCUUCAACCACGACAAGUUCGUCAAGAAUCACCUGGUGUCGUCGAUGCAGUACUUGCUGGGGAGUCUCCGAGGCAGGGAAAAGGACCGCAGCACUGCGUUCAUGGCAAUAGGCCUCAUCGCAGUUGCAGUCGAGGAGGACAUCAAGCCGUACCUGCCUAAAAUAAUAGAAGUCAUUCGUAUUUCAUUGCCAUCGAAGGAGACCCCGAGCAAGAAGCGCGGGACGUCGCUGGAGCCCGCCGUGUUCGUGUGCGUCACGCUCCUGGGCCACGCGGUCAAGCUGCUGAUCCGCCCGGACGUGAAGGAGCUGCUGGAGCCCAUGCUGGCCACGGGACUCAGCCCCGCGCUGACCACCGCUCUGCGCGAGCUGGCCGUCAGCAUACCGCAGCUCAAGAAGGAGAUAUCCGACGGCUUGCUGCGGAUGCUGUCGCAUGUGCUGAUGCACAAGCCGCUGCGGCACCCGGGCAUGCCCCGCCACCUGCCGCCCUCGGGCCUGUCCCUCACGGCGGCCCUGGGCGGGGGCGGGAGCAGCCAGGACGCACAGGACGUGCCCAGCAUCGUGCUUGCGCUCCGGACUCUGGGGAGCUUCAACUUCGACGGGCACUCGCUGCUGCAGUUUGUGCGGCGGUGCGCGGACCACUUCCUGAACUACGAGCAGCAGGAGGUGCGACUGGAAGCCGUGCGCACGUGCAGUCGGCUGCUGAGGCUGGCCCUGCAGGGCGCCGCCAGCCGCCACUCCGACACCGUCACCACCACCGUGGCCGACGUGCUGGGCAAGCUGCUGGUCGUCGGCAUCACCGACACCGACGCCGAUGUGCGCUUCUGUGUGCUGGAGUCGCUGGACAACAGCUUCGACAACCACCUCGCCCAGGCCGAGAACCUGAGUGCCCUCUUCGUGUCGAUGAACGACGAAGUUUUCGAGAUCCGAGAGCUGGCCAUCUGUACCAUCGGGAGGCUCAGUUCCAUCAACCCGGCGUACGUCAUGCCGUCCCUCCGGAAAACUCUAAUUCAGUUCCUGAUCGAGCUGGAGCACAGCGGCAUGGGGCGCAACAAGGAGCAGAGCGCACGCAUGCUGGACCACCUGGUGGUGAACGCCCCCCGCCUCAUCCGGCCGUACAUGGAGCCCAUCCUGAAGGUGCUCGUGCCCAAGCUCAAGGAGCAGGAGCUGAACCCGGGCGUCGUCGUCAGCGUCCUCACCGCCAUCGGGGACCUGGCGGAGGUGAACGGGGCGGAGAUGCAGCAGUGGAUGGGAGAACUGCUCACCAUCUUGCUGGAGAUGCUGAGCGAUGCCAGCUCGCCCGAGAAGAGGGGCGUGGCCCUGUGGACGCUGGGGCAGCUGGUUGGUUCCACGGGCCACGUCGUCAAGCCGUACAGCCAGUACCCUCAGCUGCUCGACACCCUCAUCAACUUCCUGAAGACGGAGCAGCAGCCCAUCAUCAGGCGGGAGACGAUCAGGGUCCUCGGCCUGCUUGGAGCUCUGGACCCUUACAGGCACAAGAUGAAUUUGGGCCAGAUAGAUACGCAGGUGGACUCGACAGCUCUUCUUUCAAUGUCUGACAACAAAAAUGAGGCAGAGGCUAGUCAAGAUCUUUCAUCAAGCGAAAUGUUGGUUAACAUGAGCUCCUCAACACUGGAAGAAUACUACCCUGCUAUUGCAAUAGCUACCCUGAUGAAGAUUAUCCGGGACCAGACGCUUGCCCAAUACCACACCAAUGUAGUUCAGGCAGUGACAUUCAUCUUUAAAUCUCUCGGCAUCAAAUGUGUUCCGUACAUAUCACAAGUUCUGCCGAAUUUCUUGAAUGUCAUUCGCACAGCAGAUGUGAACUUCAGGGAUUUCCUCUUUCAGCAGUUGGGAGAACUCAUCACUAUUGUUAAGCAACACAUCAGGAACUAUCUGGAUGAUAUUUUUGUGUUGAUCAAGGAGUUCUGGACAAUAAAUAGCCCGUUGCAGAGUACACUCAUACUGCUGGUGGACCACAUAGCUGUCGCCCUGGGCUCAGAAUUUAAGAUAUACCUGCCCCAGUUGAUUCCACAAAUACUACGAGUGCUCAUGCAUGACACCAGUAAAGAUCGUGGGGUCACUGUAAAGUUGCUGAAGGCCCUGCAGAGGUUCGGCAACAACCUGGACGACUACCUGCACCUGCUGCUGCCGCCCAUCGUGCAGCUGUUCGACGCGGCGGACUGCCCCGCGGCGGUGAGCCGGGCGGCGCUGGAGACGGUGGACCACCUGGCCGACACCUUGGACUUCGCGGACUCUGCCUCGCGCAUCGUGCACCCGCUGGUGCGGGCCCUGGACUCCAGCCCGGAGCUGCGCCCCGCCGCCAUGGACGCCCUGUGCGCCCUCAUGCUGCAGCUGGGCCGCAGGUACCACAUCUUCGUGCCGCUCGUGCACAGGGUCGUAGCCAGGCACAAGAUCAGCUGCCAGCGCUACGAGGUGCUCAAGUCCAAGAUUCUCUCUGAAACGACUAUAGCAGAAGAAGAAGAUAAUUUGUUGAUGAAACAUAGGCAGACUCGACACAAAAAUAGAGAAAUGUCAUUUGCAUCUUCGGAUACAUCAAUUAAAAGGCUUCAUGUAACAGCAGGAAACUUGCAGAAAGCAUGGACUGCAAGCAGACGAGUGUCUAAAGAUGAUUGGUUGGAAUGGUUGCGACGUUUCAGCAUUGAGCUAUUGAAAGAGUCACCUUCCCCUGCUCUGAGGUCGUGCUGGGCCCUGGCGCAGAUCUACUCCCAGCUGCCACGAGACCUCUUCAACGCGGCGUUCAUAUCGUGCUGGACGGAGCUGAGCGAGCCGUUCCAGAAGGAGCUGAUCCAGAGCCUGGAGCAGGCGCUCAUGGUCCCGGACCUGCCGGAGAUCACUCAGACCAUCCUCAACCUGGCCGAGUUCAUGGAGCACUGCGACAAGGGUCCUCUUCCGUUGGACCCGCAGCUUCUCGGGGAGCGAGCGAUGCACUGCAGGGCGUAUGCCAAGGCUCUGCAUUACAAAGAGGAUGAAUUCCACAAGGGCCCCAACUCCCAAGUCUUUGAGGCUCUCAUCUCAAUCAACAACAAGCUGCAACAGAAGGAGGCUGCUGCAGGGCUGCUGGAGUACGUGAUGAACCACCAGGGCUCCGACCUGAAGGUGCAGGAGCGCUGGUACGAGAAGCUGCACAACUGGGAGGUGGCCCUCAAGUCGUACCAGGAGCGCCUCGUCACCAGCUCGGAGGACGUCGAGCUGGCGCUGGGCCAGAUGAGGUGCCUCGAGUCUCUGGGCGAAUGGGGUCAGUUGCACGACGUGGCAAACCAGCAUUGGAACCACUUUAAGGAUGAUGGCCGGCAGAGAAUGGCUCGCAUGGCGGCAGCAUCUGCAUGGGGACUGAGUCAGUGGGACUCCAUGGAGAAGUACGUAAACUGCAUCCCACGGGACACACAAGACGGAGCUUUCUACAGGGCGGUUCUCGCAGUACAUCGGGGACAAUACUUAGUUGCUCAGCAGUUGGUGGACUCUGCCAGAGAUUUGCUCGACACUGAGCUGACAGCCAUGGCCGGGGAAAGCUACCAGCGAGCGUAUGGUGCAAUGGUGUCCGUGCAGAUGUUGGCAGAACUGGAAGAGGUAGUACAGUACAAACUGGUGCCAGAGAGGAGACCCACAAUACGCAAGAUGUGGUGGGAUCGUUUGCAGGGUUGCCAACGUGUGGUUGAAGAUUGGCAGCGUAUCAUUCAGCUACAUACACUGGUGGUCGCACCACAGGAAGACAUGCAUACUUGGCUCAAGUAUGCUUCUUUGUGCAGAAAGUCUGGACGCCUGAUGCUGUCGCACAAGACGCUGGUGAUGCUGCUGGGGAUGGACCCGUCACAGAACCCGGACCAGCCCCUGCCCGCCCACCACCCGCAGGUCACCUUCGCCUACACCAAGCACCUCUGGAUGUCUGGGAAGAGGGAGGACGCUUACAGUCAGUUGCACCGAUUUGUACAAGCAUCCCUGCAUCAUCCACAGGCAUUACAACUAAUAAGUCAGGAUGAUGAGAAACUGCACGAUAAUAGGCGGCGCUUGCUAGCCAGGUGCUACCUGAAACUGGGCGAGUGGCAGGAGAGCCUGCAGGGCAUCAACGAGCACUCGAUUCCAGCCGUGCUGCAGUACUACGCUGCCGCCACGGACCACGACACCACCUGGUACAAGGCCUGGCACGCCUGGGCCUACAUGAACUUCGAGACGGUGCUGUUCUACAAGCACCAGCAGCAGCAACAGCAGCAGCAGCAGCAGCAGCAGUUUUCCGGGGAGGCCGGGGCCAGGGUGCCGCCUGACAGCACUCCUUCUCGCCCCGGGCUGAAUUCAAUGUACAUCUCCCAGUUCACUGUUCCUGCGGUGGAUGGCUUCUUCCACUCGAUCGCGCUCUCGCACGGCAACUCGCUGCAGGACACGCUGCGGCUGCUGACUCUGUGGUUCGACUACGGCCAGUGGCCAGAAGUGCAUGAUGCGAUAGUGGAGGGAAUACGCACCAUCGAGAUCGAUACGUGGCUGCAGGUGAUUCCUCAGCUGAUAGCACGCAUCGACACGCCUCGAGCCCUGGUCGGCCGGCUGAUCCACCACCUGCUGAUUGACAUCGGCAAGCACCACCCACAGGCCCUGGUCUACCCCUUGACGGUGGCCAGCAAGUCUGCCAGCCCCGCUCGGCGCAAUGCAGCCAACAAGAUACUCAAGAGCAUGUGCGAACAUAGCCCGGUUCUGGUGCAGCAGGCGGUCAUGGUGAGCGAUGAGUUGAUCCGAGUGGCCAUCCUCUGGCACGAACUGUGGCACGAGGGUCUGGAGGAAGCCAGUCGGCUGUACUUCGGCGAGAGGAACCUCAAGGGGAUGUUCGACACGCUGGAACCACUCCAUGCGAUGCUGGAGCGUGGACCACAGACACUCAAGGAGACUUCGUUCAAUCAGGCGUACGGCCGGGACCUGAUAGAGGCGCAGGAGUGGUGCCACCGCUACAAGGUGUCGGGCAACGUGCGGGACCUGAACCAGGCCUGGGACCUGUACUACCACGUGUUCCGCCGCAUCUCGCGGCAGCUGCCGCAGCUGACCGGCCUCGAGCUGCAGUACGUCAGCCCCAAGCUGCUCCGCUGCCGCGACCUGGAGCUGGCGGUGCCCGGCUCCUACAGCCCGGGCCAGCCCGUCAUCCGCAUCGCCGAGAUACAGAGCUCCCUGCAGGUCAUCACCUCCAAGCAGCGCCCUCGCAAGCUCUGCAUCAAAGGGAGCAACGGACGAGACUACAUGUUCCUGCUGAAGGGUCAUGAGGACCUGAGACAGGACGAGAGGGUCAUGCAGCUGUUUGGGCUGGUCAACACGUUGCUGCUGAAUGAUCCGGACACUUUCAGACGCAACCUCACCAUACAGCGGUAUGCGGUCAUUCCACUUUCUACCAACAGUGGUUUAAUUGGGUGGGUACCGCACUGCGACACCCUUCAUACGCUCAUCAGAGACUACAGAGAGAAGAAGAAAAUUCUGUUAAACAUUGAACACAGGAUAAUGCUGAGGAUGGCCCCGGACUACGACCACCUCACCUUGAUGCAGAAGGUGGAGGUGUUCGAGCACGCUCUCGACACCACUCAGGGAGACGACCUGGCCCGCCUGCUGUGGCUCAAGUCCCCUUCCUCGGAGGUCUGGUUCGACCGCCGCACCAACUACACGCGCUCCCUCGCCGUCAUGUCCAUGGUGGGCUACAUCCUGGGGCUGGGCGACCGACACCCAUCGAACCUGAUGCUGGACCGACUCAGUGGGAAGAUACUGCACAUUGAUUUUGGAGACUGCUUUGAAGUGGCAAUGACGCGUGAGAAGUUCCCAGAGAAGAUUCCCUUCAGACUCACUCGCAUGCUGAUCAAUGCUAUGGAGGUGACCGGCAUCGAGGGCACGUACCGCCAGACGUGCGAGUCGGUGAUGUCGGUUCUGCGCCGCAACAAGGACAGCCUGAUGGCCGUGCUGGAGGCGUUCGUGUACGACCCGCUGCUCAACUGGAGGCUCAUGGACACCAACGCGCCCAAGCUGAAGCGCUCCAAGACGCAGACGGACUCCACGGUGUCGUCGUCCUCCCAGGAGGCGGGCGACAUGCUGGACAGCGGCGGCAGCCUGAGCGCCACCGUGGCCAAGAAGGGAGCGCCCAGCAGCAUCGAGAACGGAGGAGAUGGUAAUCAACCAGAAGCUGUGAACAAAAAGGCUUUGGCCAUCAUCACGAGGGUGCGGGAGAAGUUGACGGGACGGGACUUUUCUCACGAGGAGGUGUUGACGGUUCAGAAGCAAGUUGACCUGCUGAUCCAGCAAGGCACGUCCAAUGAAAACUUGUGUCAGUGUUACAUUGGCUGGUGUCCUUUCUGGUAGCUACAUUCUUGGAGCGGUCAUGUUUGUAAAUAUUGUACUUAAGAUAAUAUAGUCAUCAGCAUGGCUUGCAUUUUCAUUUCACCAUGAAGCUCAAGCAGCAUUUUUUAUGCUCAAAAAUUCAUGUGACAUAAAAUGUAUGCUUAUAAAACAAAGAAGGUAAGUUCUGAAUUUAACUAGUGUAGCAA